ACACACACGUGACCACAAUAAAAACGAAAUUCUCGACAAAUAACAGUUCAGGCGUACAGAGUCGAUCACAAAGUUGUCUGAUUACCGUUCUACUAACUUUCUACGAAUUCCGAAUUAAAGUCUUUUGUUAGGAAUAAUGUCAUCGGGACGUGGUAGGAUUUGUUGCCCUUCUCAUCCCGAUGCCCCUUUGGUUGAUGAUUGCCAUGCUGGCGACCAAAUUUGCUCAGAAUGUGGUUUAGUUGUUGGAGACAGAGUGGUUGAUGUCGGCUCCGAAUGGCGAACUUUCAGUAAUGAGGCAGGCAACGCAGAUCCUUCACGAGUUGGUGGGGCAGAAAACACUCUCCUGAAUGGGACAAAUCUUACAACAAUAAUUGGGCCCAGUACGAGUGGUGGUGGGACUUCGUUUAAUGAGACUGGUGGAGCAGUUUACAAAAACCGGCAAACUAUGAGCAGCUCAGACCGAACUCUUGUCAAUGCUUUCAAAGAGAUAAGCAACAUGGCUGAUCGUAUUAACUUACCCAGAACCAUUGUUGACCGAGCAAAUCUUCUAUUCAAGAGUGUUCAUGAUGGCAAGAACUUAAAAGGACACAGCACUGAUGCUAGUGCAUCAGCCUGCCUAUACAUAGCCUGCAGGCAAGAAGGUGUCCCACGGACGUUCAAGGAAAUUUGCGCCGUCAGCAAGAUAGGCAAGAAAGAAAUUGGAAGAUGUUUCAAACUGAUUCUCAAGGCACUAGAAACUUCAGUUGAAAUAAUCAAAACCUCGGAUUUUAUGCCACGUUUCUGCUCAAAUCUUGGAUUGCCUGCCGUUGUCCAACGAAACGCAUCGCACAUUGGAGGCAAAGCAGUGGAGCUUGAUGUCGUUCCUGGACGUUCACCAAUAUCAGUUGCUGCAGCCGCCAUCUAUAUGGCUUCCCAUGCCUCAGAAAAUAAAUUGACAAAGAAAGAGAUAGGUGAUAUUGCUGGAGUGGCCGACGUCACCAUCCGCCAAUCGUAUGAAUUGAUGUACCCUCGUGCCGCAGAGCUUUUUCCUCCUGAUUUCAAACUGAUUAUCAGCCAACUACCCCAACGUUAAUCAGAGAACAGUACUUUCUGUGUGAUCACUACCGAACCUGGAAAUUGAUCUAUUAAUAUUUCUCACAUCCUUUGAACAGUUAAAAAUAUGAUUCGCUUCAUUUCGGUCCUAAACCCAUGCUCUGUUUCACCUAGCUUGUAAUGUGUGACAUCCAUGUCUUCAUCCGUACAAAAUUUCGCAUCAACAGUUUUGAAAA